AUGCUUAGCGGAGUCGGCCCAGCAGCGGAACUGGCAAAACACGGAAUCGCUCCCAUUGUGGAAUCCCCUCACGUCGGCCAGCAUCUUCUUGACCAUCCCAUUGUGCCUUUCGUUCUUGAAACCAAGGAUGGAUACAGCUUAGAUAACCAUAUCCUCCGGCCCGGUCCUCUCAAUGAUAAGGCGCUGUCCACUUACCAGAAGGACAAGACUGGCCCUGCAAGCUCUGGAUUCCUAGAACUUGUCGGAUUCCCCCGAAUUGACGAACGCCUGGAGAAGUACCCUGUCUAUCGCGAGGCUAAGGCUGCCAACGGGGGACUGGAUCCUUUCGGGCCAGCAGGACAACCUCACUUCGAGCUGGACUUCGUCGGCUUGUUCAGCAGCGCAUUCCAGUGGUAUUACCCUAUGCCUGACAAGGGAAAUCACAUGACUGUCAUUGUUGAUCUGCUGCGGCCCCUUUCUGAAGGUGAAGUCACCCUAAACAGCUCAAACGCACAGGUACAGCCGAAUAUCAACCUCAACUUCUUCGGCAAUGACUUAGACAUUCUGGCCAUGCGGGAGGGUGUGCGCUGGACAUAUGAUCUUUUGACCACGGGAGCUGGAUUCAAGGACAUUGUUGUUUCGGAGUACCCCUGGAAGAUGCCACUUGAUUCCGAUGACGAUAUGAACCGGGCUGUUCUGGAUCGCAGCCAGACUGGAUUCCAUCCAUGCGGUACCGCACGUCUCUCGAAGAGCAUCCACCAGGGUGUUGUCGACUCCAAACUGCGAGUCCACGGAGUUCGAAACCUCCGAAUUGCAGAUGCUUCUAUCAUCCCCGUGAUCCCUGAUUGCCGUAUUCAAAACUCGGUCUACAUGAUUGGCGAGAAGGGCGCGGAUAUCAUCAAGUCUGAGCACAAAGAUCUAUACGAGGCCAAGAACAUUCCCUACCUUGUCUCCAGCAAACUUUGA